CUGGAUAUGAAGCAGCCCGUCGAGGAGGAGAACACGCCAUACUAUGAUUCACGUCUGUUCUAUCCGGCUCGUCUAGGAGAUGUGCUCACCAGCAGAUACCAGCUUGCGGCGAAGCUGGGUUACAGAUCCAAUUCGACGGUUUGGCUGGCUCGGGACCUCGACCGAGAGAAGUAUGUUGCUCUCAAGAUUAAUGCUAGCUUCGCGCAGCGGAGGGAUACUGUUGAAGCAGAGCUGGAUACUCUCCGAAUUAUCUCGGAGGCAAAUCCACGACAUAUAGGGUAUCCUUUUGUCAGGCACCUCCUUGAUUCUUUUCAGUUAGAGUAUGAGUCGACGAAAUGCCUGGUUCUUGUCUUUGAGCCUCUGCGGGAGCCUCUUUGGUUAUACAGACAGAGGUUUACAGGAGAUACGAUACCGUCCGAUGUUCUGAGAAUCAUGCUCCAAAUGAUCCUCCACGGUCUUGAUUACCUCCACUCUGAGUGCCAUGUCAUCCAUACUGAUCUGAAGCCGGAUAACAUCAUGGUCAAACUAGAAGAUCCGUCUAUUUUGGAAGAAUCUGCCAAAGAUGAAUACGAACACCCCCUGCCACAGAAAACGAACCUCCAUGGUCGCACUGUCUACCUUUCUCGAAACAACUACGGGUUACCUCGCAAGACAACUGGAAUCAUUCAAAUCACGGAUUUCGAUCUUUCCGUCUCGGGUGAUCAACCACAUGAUGGAUGUAUUCAAGCGGAGAUAUACCGUGCUCCAGAGGUGAUCCUGGAUGCUGGAUUUUCAUAUAGUGCUGACAUAUGGAACUUGGGGGUUAUGUUAUGGGAUGUCCUUGAAGGGAAAAAGCUGUUCAAGGACAUCGAUCCUGUGCAUGUUCACGAAUAUAACGAGUUGAAUCAUCUCGCACGUAUCACUGCAUUGCUAGGUCCUCCUCCGAAGGAGCUGUUGGACAAGGGCAAGAGGACUCCAUGCUUUUAUAAAGCAGGGGCCUUGAAUGGACCAACUGUCGAGCCUACAAAUUUCAAUUUUGAGAAUUUGUUGACAACUGUCAGAGGCGAGGACAAGAGGAUGUUCAUUGAGUUUGUUAAACGAAUGUUGAGAUGGCGCCCGGAGGAACGGAGUACAGCAAGAGAACUGCUGCAGGACCCUUGGCUUUUUACCGAGUCUGAGGAUUGAUCUGAGAACGGUUGCUCUUUUGUUG